AUGGUCCGAGGCGUUCUCGGAACCGAGUCUGCGCGCAGACGUCAAUUCUCCAGCUGUGACUACUGUCGCAAAUCGCGUAUCGCAUGUGAUGCUUCACAAUUACAACAGAACCAGCAAACCACUUCCGGUAGUCCCGACGCUAGAUCAUCCCGUGUUCAGUGUACAAACUGUUCAAAGCGAGCUCUGCCCUGCACCUAUGAUUGGAUUCGGAACCGCGGGAAUAAAACUGUAGCUGCGUCAAGGGAUGUCAACCGGCCAAGAACUCGUCAGUUCUCUCGUCGCUCGAUAUCAGUUCAUUCCCCAACGGCAGUGGCCAAUGGCUCGGAGCCUUCUGAAGAGAUACAACAUCACGAAACAGGGCUGACUGUAACGGCAGAGGAUGAUGGCCAUACUCAGCCCAUACCCAGCUCUGAAUUAUCCCAGAGAACCGAGGCCAAGGAACUGCAUAACCAGCUAUGGACGGUUUUCACUCUCAUAUUCUAG